AUGCGGAGACAGAUUGAGAUUCAGACAUUAUUGAGGUCAACAUACAAGGUAAUAGUGGAUCUAGUAAGUGUAGGUUUGAUAACUGUUAGCACGAUGAUUUAUCAAUUCAGUGAAGACCAAGAUGCUGAUAUUAUAUUUGUCAAAUUAUAAAGGAGAAAAGCGAUACAUGUAGUACGUUAUCUGAAUAACUUACAUGAUGUUCUUUUUUAUUAAUUUAAUCAGAGAACCUUUCACUCUUACCACCUAACUGCCACUAUACACUGAAGGUAGACUUUCAGUGCAAGUCAAGUGUCCCGCAAGUAGAAAAAAGUAAAUAUAGUAGGUGUAGGUUUAAAAAGUGUCAGCUCAAUGGUGUAUCAAUUCACUGUAUUAGUACCAGACAAGGUACUAAGAGAAUAAUACCUGAGGACAAGAUUAGUAAACACCAAGAUGCGACUGUACCAUAUUUGUCGAAUGGAUAAAAGAGCAAAGCGGUAGCACUUUAUGUAAAUGGUAUUUCUUUUUCUUUUUCAAAUGCACCCAGAAAACCUUCCACUACAAUUCUAAACUAUGGAGCAACAAAGUCGACUUCAACCUUCCAGGAGGGAAGACUGGGUUGGACACUUACGAGACCAAGUUACCGACUUAUUGGAACACACCGUUUAACAAGAUCUGUCUUGGAAUGAAGAUCGGUCAGCAGUUCAAGUCUGUUGUCAUCAACCAUCAAGCCAGAUCCCUGCAUUCACUGAUCGCAGGUGGCAAAUACCGAGCUACUUCACUGGGCCGUAACACAUGGAAGAAGGUUAUUGGGUCUCGGGCCUCGUUACAGACCAACUGUAAAAAGGAAGGAUUCAACGCAAUUUGUACCGAUAGCAACGCCUCCAAAGCAAGAAUUGGUAUAAUUGGAAACAACGAAAAUGGCUGUAGCAGCUGUGACUCCGGGAUCGGGUUUGGCACUGGAGGGUUCCAAGAUGACUCUAACACGUGUGGCAACGAAGCAGCCGGGGGAGAUAAUGGCGACCAGCACAUUAAAGCGAUGGGAUACAUAUUGGUCCAAUAG